AUGAGUACCCAUCCAGAAUCAUCUGAUAGGCCCGCAACUACAUCACCGACUGACUUGACAAAUCUGGGAGCUCAAUUGCGUGAAGUUCUAAACCGAUUUAAUGAGCUGAGCGUUGGAAUGAUGGCCCAACGGCGAGUAAUCGAUCAAUUGGUAGCUAGUGGUGCUAGCGGUGAACAGCAUGAGCCCCUACCUCCUGGCCAAUCUGAACCACAACCCAUAUUUUUACCUUAUGUUCAAACCUCUGUUACUUCACAAGUCAUAAACCCACCUGAGGAAGUCUUUACUUAUCCCACUCAUGGCCCACAACCUGCUUAUGCACCUUACAUCCAAACUAACCCUCCUCAUGUCCAAAUUCCCCAAAAUUAUCCGCCAAUUACUAUGAGCAUGCCAUUCGAGCCACAGGGACCUUAUUAUUACUCUACCGCUGAGCCAUUCACCCUAGAUACCGCUGUUCAAGGGAAAGUUGAAACCGGGGAGUCAUCCGCACCGGUGGAUAAGAAUUUGCUAAAGCGAUUGGAUCGGUUUGAGGAGUUUAUAAGGAAAAGCCAAGGCUUGAACAAACAAGGAGGUUUAGACUACAACGAGCUGUGCCUAUUUCCGGAUAUGCAAUUGCCCAUGGGUUUCAAAACGCCCAAGUUUAGCAAGUAUGAUGGAACGGGCAACCCCAAGACGCACCUCCGAAUGUUUGCCAACAAGUUGGGCAAACCAAUAGAUGACGAGAAUCUACCAGUUCGUUUGUUUCCCGAAAGUUUAGAAGGUGAUGCAUUGGACUGGUAUUCCAAUUUGAAACCCGAGGAUAUGAGGACGUGGCUGGACUUAUCAACUGCUUUUGUAAGGCAAUACGAAUACAAUUGCGAGCUGGCUCCAACGAGGACCACAUUGGAAGGAACCAAGAGGAAACCAUCCGAGGACCACAAGACAUAUGCGAAAAGAUGGAGGAAAUUGGCCGCCAAGGUGGAACCCCCUAUGGUUGAAGAUGAGAUUGUUCGUACGUUCAUCAAAGCUCAUGAUCCGCCUUACUUUGAGGAGAUUUUUCGCAUGACCGGGUGUUCAUUUGCAGCAAUUAUCAAUAAGUUGGAGGAAUAUGACGAAUACGUCAAAGCAGGGAAAAUUGUCAAUGUAUCAGCUUUAAAAUCACAGUUGGACGCUUUGCAAGGUCAAAGUAAUAACAGAAGGGAGCCUCAACUCCAGAAGAAAGAGGAGGAAACUACUUUUGUGUGGGGCCAAGGACCAUUUUCAAGACCCAGAUCCCAACGUUACCAGACGUAUUCAUCUCGCUACCCAAACUCACGCCCUGUUUACCAUACUACCACUAAUCACCCUCGACCUCAGCCAAACCAUGCAAGCCCACCUACAAUAUCCUUCCCAAUGACUCAAAACAAUCCUCAAAUUCAACCUCGUCUACCUUAUAAUCCCAGACCUGCUCCACUAAACCAACAGACUUACAACCUUCCUCAAACCAAUAAAAUACAAAAACCUGGUCGAUCUCGAACUUUUGCCAACUUAGGCCGACCCAUGGACCAACUGUAUGAACAGCUCAAGGCUGCCGGUAAAAUAGAUGACAUACCUCCUCCAAACUACUCUCGUCGAGGUCUCUCUUCUGGGUACGACCCUCAAGCCGUGUGUGCCUACCAUUCUGGAGCGCCCGGUCAUUCGACCAGUAACUGUUGGGUACUAAAACAUAAGAUCCAGGACAUGAUCGAAGCAGGAAAUAUAGUGAUUAAGGAAAAGGGAAGAGCAAGGACCGAACAUAAAUGGCCCAGAAUAAAACCGCCUGACCCUUUGGAUAUCACUGUUCAGAAAUUUGAUGGCAGCGAUCUCAUAAAUGUGAAUUUGAAUUUCAAAAAUGAGAGGAGUGGGGAAGAGGCAUCCGAAAAUGUUUCAAAGAAGCCCGAAUGGAAUAAAAGAAGUUCAAGCCAAAUCGUGAUCAAGAUUAGGAAUAAGAAGCAGUUAAACACAGUCUAUCGUGGUCAAUAUGAUCAAGAGGAUUGGUCUGUGAUUACCAUUAAAGGGUCAAAUCAUGACCAUUCAGACAAGAAGGCAAAGCAUUAA